GGGGGUGGAGAGCAGAACAGUGAGAUCGUUCUGGUAGGAAGGGCCAGUGGGCGGUUCCGGCUGAGAGCUCCCCAGAGGUGGAGGACCAGCCACAACACACAGGUCCGAGCUGUGAGAACAGGAACAGGUAAGCACCUCAGUUUGGUUUGUGACUUUUGAGGGAGAUUGAGUGCUUUUGAACAGACAGCCCAGGAAUCAAACUCUCGUCCUGUCUCUACACCUGACUACCUGCCUGCGGGAAUCGCACCAUCAGCAUCAUGGUAUCACAGGCCAAAACCAAAGGGGCUAUUGACACCUUCACUCCAGAGGGCACAGUUAUCCCCAAAACAGAGAAACCUGAACACACUUACCAAAAAGACAAUUACCAACAGAAUGAUCUGCAAAAAGAAGCCACAGUUCUUGGGACUAUCCAAAUCCUAUGUUGCCUGCUGAUUUUAAGUUUGGGGGCCAUUUUGGUUUCUGCUUCCUACCCCUCCCACUUCGAUCCAGCGAUUUCCAAGGUGUUGAUGUCCGGGUACCCAUUUGUAGGAGCUCUGUGUUUUGGUGUUGCUGGAUCUCUCUCAAUUGUCUCUGGAAUAAAAUCAACUAAGCCCCUUGCCCUGAGCAGCCUCAUCUCAAAUGCAGUGAGUUCUGUCAGCGCUGGAGCAGGCCUCCUCCUCCUCGCCGAUGGCCUGGUGACCUUGGGGACAGCCUCUCAACACUGUGACUCAGACAAGGAAUCUCUCUCCUCUUUGCCUUAUUCGGAGUACUAUUACUCAUUGUAUGAAGUAAAGGACUGUCUCUCAACCCGUGUUAGUCUAACGGGUGCUCUGGUGGUGAUGCUCACAUUCACUGUGCUGGAGCUCUUACUAGCUGCAUAUGCUUCUGUCUUUUGGUGGAAACAGCUCUACGCUGAGAACCCUGGGAGUAAAUUAUCCUUGCCUUAAUCAGAAGAUCAUAUCCAAUAUGCCCAGAAGAGUUCUUCAUUAGAAGAAAAAGGAAGAAAAAGCUGACAUGCAUGCAAAGUAUGAUUAGACUUUCCUGAAAUCUCAGCCAUUUUAGAUACUGUAAAAUAGAUUUUUUUUAAGAGAAACUUUUGUUUUGUACUUGUCCAGCACGUGUCAUUUAAUUUCUCUUGGAAAUAAUUUCCCAGAAGCCCAGGUCAGUAAAAUGUUAUUAGCCAGACUUCCAAAAUGGCCAUGCACGUUAUAGACAUCUCUAGGUAAAGUGAGUAGAAAGUGAUUCAUCUGUCUCUAUAUAAGAACAGAAAAUGUGAACCCUUGUGCUCUUGUGGCUACACAGGUUCUGUUGCUGUAUUAUUUUUACACACACAUUGCUUAAAUAUUAGAUAG